AUGGCUGGCUAUGGUAGCAGGGAGCGUGGGGUUCACAGCAAGGAUGCUCAUGGAAUUUCCCAGCACUCUGAAAAUGCAAAAUCUUUGGAGGAUCAGAUUGAUAUAGCUUCUACAUCCAAGGCCAUAGGAGUUCAGACAGAGAGAAGCAUUGAUUUUAACAAAAUAGAAUUGAACAAUGAUUUAUCUUCUCACCUUGAACUUUCCAAAACAUUGCUGGGCAUCUGGGGCUCCACAAGCGAACAGCAAUUGGGAAGAAAUCUGAUCUCCAAGUUGUUCAUGGCUUGCCCAACAGAUUUUCAGGUUCUUUUUGGGUGCAUGAGCAUGAAUAUGUCCUCUAAAGUACAAAUGGACUCAUUGCCAGGCGAAAGCUCUUCUCAUGCGGCUUUGCAGCAUCAUAUGCGCUCUUUUCCAGCAUCUGAAGCUGCAAAAAUUUCUCAUCUGUAUUCUGUAUUGACAAAGAUCAAUAAUGGAGUGUUACAGUUGGAAGCUUUGUUUAGAUCUUUACUUGAUCUUUGUGAUGUUGCAAAUUGCACUCUACUCAGGGACAAUAUCAAGAUUGAGGGACUUUACUCUGGGGACAGCCUCGAAGACCGUGAUCUGUUUAAUAUGAUCAGCUAUGAGGCAUGUAAUGUGCGCUGUAGUUCGCUUGGCAUUAGAUCUUUUGAUCCAAAGCACCUGUGCAACAAACAGGGCUGGAAUGCUGACAUUUCAUCGCAGCUUUCUUCUGUAAACUGGGUUUUGUUGUUUGAAAUGAUGCUUCGGAUUGCUGUGAGUGAUACAGAAGAAUGCGUGAGAUUAGAGGCAGUCUCUAUCAUGAAUGUGAUUCUGAUGAGUAGUAAUGCUUUUACAGAGAGGGAAAAGUUUGGCCAAUCACCAAUUUUUGAAAGCAUAGCACAACUGCUAAAAAGGGAAGCUGGCUCACAUGUGCAAAGGGAGGCUCUCCAUCUUCUAUUCUUGUUGCUAAAUUGUUCCAAGCUGUUGAGCAUGUUUUGCUGUGGUUGUAAAGAGGAAGAGAUUGCUGAUUCCACAAACAAGAAGAAAAAUACUUCAACACCCAAUGGAUUCAGUAGCAUCCUUGAGGGCUUGGCAGAAUGUACUGCUUGCUCUGGAAAUAGCAUACAGGAUAUUGAACUUCGCAAGCGGGCUAUCAUUAUGCUGGCGUUUUUAGCCUCAUCUGGAAAAUCUGGCUUUGAAAUUAUGGUAACUAACAAGUUACCUGGAGAGACAAACUUUCUUAUGUUGAUUUUGCAAGUUUUGGUGUCAGAAAUGAACGUAGAAGCUUCGGCUGAGCCAGCAAGAAGCAUUAAAGCAAGGACAUUGCUGAUUCGGGAGGCACUUAUAUUGCUUAAUAGACUUGUUUCCAAUUCUGGCUACUCGGCUAUAGUCUUGCGAGUAUUAACAGGUAGAAGAGAUAUGGCUAGUUUGACCAUUGAUGUUGCAAGCAGGUUGUCCCAAGAAGACCUGAGGCUGAGGCAAUCUGAUGUCAGUGGACGUGUGAAUGAAUCAGAAAUUGUUGAGUUAGGUCAAAUAUUUAAGAAACGGGUUUUUGCUUAUCUAGGAGAUAAAAUAUCAUAA